GGAAAAAUCUAGGAAGUAAAUAAAUUUUGGUCCCCAAAUCUAAUGAAGAGCAGUUUAACCUGUUGAAUGUUGACUGCUUACUACUCAGCUUGGUUGUUGAAAUGAUUUUCUUUUGGAUUAUUGAUUAUUAAUAAUGAGACGAUAACUUAUUUACAUUUGAUGUGAUAAAAUGACAAACGGUGUGUGGAAACCUGCUCGCAGAAAAUACGGUGUUGCCAUCAGCAACUUCCGAUGUACCACAGUCCAGCAAUGUCUAAACCUACAAAUCGGGGACACGGUGCAAAUCUUGGAGGAGUACUGGCCGGACUCCAACUCAGUGACAUGGCUGCGAGGGUGUACCUUCAGCAACAAGGCAAAAAAGGGUAUCUUCCCAUUGUCCUACGUGGUGACCAAAGAAUUCAGUGUGGAGAAUGAAGGACCUUUUGAAGAUGUCACACCUAAAGAUGAUGCCAUUAUCAAAGAGCUGACCUUUGUACUCAGGGAAUGGAAUGGGAGGUGGAAGGCAUUGUUUGUGGACCGGAACGCUUUGUUCCAAACUAUUCACAUGGUCUUGGGUGAGCUGCUGAAGGUCAGAGCCCUGUUGGUGUCCAACACCCAGACAAGGGAACAAACUCUGGGACUCAAACAUUCUGCCAUCACCAUGAUAGAUUGGGGCAAUGGAAAACUUGGGAUGGACCUGGUACCUAGGGUAGAGUACCAAGAGGCUGACCCAGACAAAGUGAGUGUGGUGGAGAUGUACAGGAUACACGAGCGCAGCGUCAAAAACUGUCAAGGGGCCUGGCCUGGAGGCAUGAUGAAGGUGAAGGCCAGAGAGAAACAAGGGGAGACAGUCCAUCAUCUUUUGUUUGGGUUGUGCUCCCUGGCCUGUGAUAUUGGGGACAAUGCUGAGGUUUAUCUGUCCCUCUAUGAUGGGGCAGAAGGAAAAUUUAUCAGUGAAAGAUUUGUCAUUUAUUAUAACAAAGACAGAAGCAGGGAAGCAAAUGAUAAGAACAGUAGCACUAUUUUUACUGACCUCAGCACAGAUGAUAUGCACAAAGAUAUUUACCUGGUGAUACAUAUUUUAAGAAAAGGGCGACUUACAACAGAGGGCAGCUUUAAGAAGCAAGCAACUUUUCACUACAGACGUCCAUGGGGAGUCUCAGUUCUGGGACUGAAAGAACUUUUUCAAAUCAACCCAGAGAAUGAACUGGAAUAUUUCAUCAGAGUUUACUGUGUUGAAAAUGAUUUUGCUAACAUGCAUGAGAUUCUUAUCAAGAAACAAACGCAGAGCAUAGGCAAGGCAGCCAUGGAUAAACAAAACCAAGGUGUGACACUUUCUGUUAAAAUUCUCCACGGAGACCUUAAAAAUGUAAAAAUUGAGAACCCCCUGUUGUUCACUAGAGGGAUAGUACUCACACAGCGCAUGGGAUUUCCCGAGAUUAUCAACCCAGGCGAGCUGCGUAAUGAUCUCUAUUUAACCCUUUCUGGAGCUGAGUUUGACAGGGGCUCUAAAACAGCGUCAAAAAAUAUUGAAGCUAGAAUAACUGUGUAUAACCAGAACUAUGAAAUUAUAAAGGGUUGUAUAUUGUCAGCCAAUGGUGAUCAGAUGAGUGACAGUUUUUUCUCCUAUGUUUUGUAUCACAGUAACGCACCCAAGUGGAAUGAAACUAUCAGACUGUCUAUACCAAUAGAAAAAUUUAACACUGCCCACAUAAGGAUUGAACUCUGUCACUGUUCAAAUAGGGACAAAGCUGAGAAGAAACUCUAUGGAUUUGCUUACCUGUCUGUCACAACUAAUGAGAAUGUCACUCGCCUUGAUGGCAAAUAUGAAAUGUGUAUAUACAAGUGUGAAGAUACAUCAAAAAUAAAAAAAUAUUUAGAACUUCCAUCACUAAAAGAUGACUUUGCUGAUCCAAAAAAUGGAUACAAAACUAUUCCAUACCCACAUUCCAAUAAAGAAUUUAUUGUUGUAGAAACAUUCCUGUGUUCAUCAAAGUUUGCUCAAAAAGCUGAACUGUUACAUGUACUACAAUGGAGAUCUGACCCAUCGAGAAUUCCAGAAAAUCUUGAAAAACUGGUCCGUUUGAAAGGCCAGGAGUUGGUCAGAUACCUUCAAGAUGUCCUUGACUCUUUGUUUGACAUGUUUAAUGCUGGAGAUGGCGAAUCUGUUCCUUUUGCUAUGAAUAUAUUCCACACUUUGGUCCAUAUUUUUAACCUCCUUCACAAAGAUGUGUUUGAAAAGUUUUCUGUCGUUCUUGAAGAUUAUUUAGAGAAGUCUUUUUCCUCCCCACUAGCUCACAGAGAUAUCAUGAGGUGUUUAAGCAUUCAAGCAGAACGAGUCUACACCUGUACUGAUUUUGAUGACAAACCAACCAGGAAGAUUUUCACUGUCCUAGGCGACAUCUUCAAAUUUUCUGUCAAAUCUUGCAUGUUGUCACAGAGGAUGUAUGGUGAUCACUCACUCAAUGAAUUUAAAGACAACGUGACCAAAGUGUUCAAGGCUUUUGGGGAAGUUUUGAAAUCUACUGAGAAAGAGCUUCACAAAGUUCAGGCUCUGAUGUUGAACAACCUCCACCAAUGCUACAUUCCACUCCUGCACAUCAUCAGUGUGGAGGAUCUAGCCAAGUUGUUGAGCUACCUCCUCAGUAAGAUCAACAAGGACCCUGGGGGGUCAGUCAUAAAGGCUAAGAUGAACAUCUUACAGAACACAAUCAACUCCCAGUUACUAGUAGACCCAGUAUCCAGAUCAAUGCUCCUGCCUAUCUGUCUAACACACAUCAGGCACUGUCUGAAUAAUAAAAUUAACCUGGAGCUGACUGCCAACACCUUAGGGGACCUGCUCAGUACUGUCUACAACAUGAGAGAGAGCUUUGAUCUAAAGGAAGAAGUGACAAAAAUAAUCCAAGUAGUUUUUGACGUCAACGUUAGGACACUGCACAAGUUGGAGAGUGAAAAGAAAAUUGUUUCAGGGAACCUUCUGAUAGCCUGUUUGAUUGAGAUGUUGCGAUUGAUGGAUGUUAGCCAUUACCAGAAAUUAAUGGGAGUCUACCCUAAACCUAAAGAUCUCAGGGUUCGUCUGUCAACUAUAGCCAUUCCUCAAAAAAGCUCAAAGUUAGCCAAGGGUUUUCUGAAUCGAGUUCUACAAGUGUUCUAUGAUCUAGUUACCACAGAGAACUUCCCAGUUGACUGGAUAACUAUGAAAAUGAUUACCAGCAAUGUUAUGCUGACUUCCAUACAGUACAUCGCUGAAGAUUUGACUGUCAACUUUUUAAAUGGGGAUGACUUUGAUUUUGAACUGUGGAAGAAUUUUUUUCUGUUGGCUGUUGACUUCAUCAGCCAGCCAGCUCUACAGCUGGAGAAAUACUCAGAGGCCAAGAGCAGACAGAUCAAAGACAAGUACAAUGAUAUGAGAGUUCCUGUUGGUUUCCACAUUUAUUCUCUGUGGAAUCAGCUGGGGCCCCACAAGAAGAUGCUGAUGAUGGAUAUGAUUGGUCCCUUCCUCAAGGUGACCAUGGUGCCUCAGCUCGAGCUAAGAAAAGCCACAAUCCCCAUAUUUUUUGACAUCAUGCUGUGUGAGUUCAAGGAAUCGUCACAUCUUCGAAAUGUUGAAGCUAAGAUGAUAAAAGAACUGGACUCUCUGGUGAUAGAACACAAUGGAGAUGUGGAGUACAAGAACUUGUUCAGCUCCAUACUGCUGGACAAGGUCCAGUCGGAGCCAGAGCUUCAGGAGGAGGGCAAGAGGUUCGUCUUCUCGGUCACUGACCUUCUGGAGCGGCUACUCGACUACAGGGACAUCAUGGAUGGCGAGGAACAGAGGGACACGAAGAUGCACUGUACAUUUAAUAUUCUGAACUUCUACAAGGACAGCAGACGAGACAUGUACAUCAGGUACAUCUCCAGGUUGUCUGAGCUGCACUACACGGCCAACAACUUUGUGGAGGCUGGCCUGACCCUCAGGCUCUACGCCCAGCUCUUGUCCUGGUCUGACCACAAGCUGCCCGCAGAGAUGAGCUACCCAUCUGAGACGGAGGCGGAGAGGAAGGAGGAACUAGUCAAACGCAUCAUGGACUGCUUCGAUAAGGGAAAGGCCUGGGAGUAUGGCAUUCCUCUUUGUAAGGAAUUAGCAGAUCAUUAUGAAAAGACCUUCCAGUAUAAAAAAUUGGGAGAAACUCUGCAACUUCAAGCAAGUUUUUUUUCAAAAAUUUUGGAAGGCAUGAAUUUGCGUCAAGACCCAUCUUAUUACAGGGUGGCUUAUUAUGGCAACACAUUUCCUCCCUACCUGAAGAACAAGGCUUUUAUUUACAGAGGAGAUGAAUGCCUCAGACUAGCCACCAUUAUGAGUCAGCUGACUAGAGAGUAUCCUAAUGCUUCCAUUCUGACCACUAACUCACCCAUUGAUGAAUCUUGUAAACAGGGAGACAACCAAUACAUUCAGUUGGUCAAUGUGAAGCCCGUACCAUCAGAGAGACCAGAGUUCCAGGGAAAGGAAGUGCCUGUAGAGAUUUCAUCUUUCUACAACACUAAUGAGGUGGACACAUUCCAGUUUGACCGGCCCUACCACAGGGAUGAUAAAGACAAAAAUAAUGAAUUUAAGAGUCUAUGCCUGGAGAGAACCAUCAUGAAGAGUUCCUACAAGCUGCCUGGAAUCCUGAGGUGGUACGAGGUGACCAGCACCACCGUUGUCCACUUCUGUCCAGUCCAGACUGCCCAGCUGACAGUCCAGCAGAUGAAUGCUGAGCUGAAGUCCAGCAUUGACAACGCACUGAAGAACCCUGACCAGUUCUUGAGCCACUUGACCAUGAGGCUGCAGGGAGUCAUCAGUGGGGCGGUCAAUGGGGGAAUUCCCAAAUACCAAGAGGCAUUCUUCAAAGAGGAUUACUUGGCCAAGUAUCCCAACGAAGCAACUUAUGUAGAAGAGCUGAAACGUCACAUAGGAGAACAGCUGGAGCUGCUUGAAAGAGGCUUGUCCAUUUACGGGAAGUACGCCAGCCCUGAGAUGCUCCCACUGUACAAAAGUCUGGUGGACAUGUUUAUCAAAAUGAAGAACAGUAUGGGCUAUCAGGGCUCAAUGUCCAAACAGAGAAACAGCAAUAUCUCCUCCACCUCAUCCACCCAGCGCCCCAGCACCCCAAGCUCCACCUCACUCAACUCUAGUGGAAGUAACAGAUCCUCCAUCAUAUCCAACAGUAGCUGUAACGAUGAUGACCUUUACGUAGAGCCACCAUCUGAGGAGUAUGUUCACCUACCCCCACCUCUUUGCCCUGAUAAGCGAAGAACUAGCAGUUUACGGGUGGCUGGGCUAACCAGCUCGCCCCCAAAAUUUGUGCCACCUCGACCACUUUCUGCCGUUCUCACCUCCAAUCACCACCAGCCAACUUUGCCAAGUACUGUCAGUCAGUCAAGUAAUUCACUUUUAGACCCACCAUGUCCCCCUCCCUUGACUCCCAGAAAGAUGAGCACAUCAGAUCAAAAUGGUUUAACCAUGAGACAUAAACAAGACCCCCCACCUAUACCUGAAAAGCCAAGCAGGAUUUCUGGCAUCUCAGAACCUGACAAGGUUUCAAGUCCCAGCACCUCGACACCCCUUUCUCCAGUAGCUUCACACUCCUCAGUUCCCCCGAUACCACCUCGUACUCAAGCGCCGACCACCCCAACAACAUCACGUAGCACUCUGCUAUCACCAGCAGCGCCCCCUAUACCCAACAAAAGACAGACCAUAUCACCAGGGGCGCCGAGUUCAGCUACUGGUAGCUACAACAACUUCAGUAGAAACGGACCUCUGUCCACAUCUGUCAGCAACUUAAGCACGGAUCAGCAUCAUCAUCCUCCAAUAGCUGAGCACGCCGGCUCUAGGAGUACACAUAUCAUGUCAGCCAUGGACCCCCCUCCACAGCUCAUCUCCCCCAAACCCCCGCCACAGUUCAUCACCACAAAAGCCCCUCCACCAGCCAUCACAACACCGUCACCGUCAAGACAAGUGCCACCUCCGCCAAUACCAAUUAUUGCGGAAGAGGCUCACAGUUCACUGCCAAAUGGACCACCACCCCCACUACCUUCAAGAAAACCUCCAAGCACUACACACAACACACAGCUUUGAUCUGUCUGCACCUGUGAUAACCUUGCAACUCACAAGUUUUCAACGCUGAACAAAACAAAGACAUCAAACAGAAUCAAGUUAAUUUGUUAUUGCAGUGUUAUUUGGUCAGAAAAUGUAUAUUAUUUUUUACAAAUUUUCAUCCUGGACCAACUAACCAAAUUAAUGAAUUUUUUUCAAAAUUUAACUUGCACAAUUUUUGUUGAAAUUAGUUUUUGUAUCGAACACAUUUCCAACAGCUCAAUCAAUCCUCUAUUGUAACAUUUAUAUGCAACAAGUGACAAGACCAAAAUAUAUUACAUUUCAAUUUGUUUGUUUACAUACAAAGGUCAACAACUAUGUGGAAAUUUCUGCUUUUUAACUUGAAUGUCAGAUAUUUGAGAAGUGUAAAUAUUUUUUUAUUGACUGUUAAACUUUUUUUACAAGCAGCUAAUGUGAAUCAAAAUAUUUUCUUAUUCAGUGUACAUUGCACCCAUAUCUGCUGUACCUAGGCUGUUAAAUAGGGCACAACACUGUCGGUAAUGUUUACAUUUUUAGCAGCAUGAACAUUUUAUUUAGAUUUUUCUUAACAAUUUUACAAUAAAAAAUUGAUUUUGUUAAAACAAAUUUUGCUUCAGCUUGUAGCUUAAAAAAUUGUAGUUACAAUUUGUUUAUUAGGGUGGCUUUAUGCAAUAGAUGUGAUGGUACACUAAAAAAUAGGUUCACUUGUUCUGACAUCUUCUAUUGGAGAUGAGAUCAAAACUUUGUUUUACUCAUGAUCAAACUUUUAAAAUUUGUAACAAAAGCAUUUUAAAAAUUUACACAAUUUUUUUUUAACCAGUAUACAAUGUGUUUGAAUGUAUUUUUGAAUUGAUUUUAUUUGUGCUAAAUUUAAUAUCAAGAGAGUUCAGUAGUCAAUUUUUAACAUGUAAUAUAAUAAAUAUGUACAGCAUUUACUCCCAUGCUCUUGACAUACUAAGCCUCUGGUUCUCAGCUCAGUUCAUGGUACAAACUGGGCUCAAGUAGUAAAUAGAAUUUUUUUAAAAUAGAAUUUUAAGAUGGUUUAGUUUUUAGUAGAUGCUUCAGAAAUAAAUUACAGGUAGUAUCAAAAGAUGCACAGAGGUGUGUGUUGAGCUUCACUUUGUUAACAUCAGUCCAUGGCCUGCUGAGGCAAAAAAAAAAAACCUCAUUAAAAUACUUCAUGGGUCACUUGCUAACUUAAGAUGACAUACACAGCCGAAAAAGUUAAGUUACUGUAACAUUUUGAGCUAGUUAUCAAGUUGUAUAAAGAACAAUUUUACAAUAGUUAACCAUAAAAUAAUUUGUGUAUGGAUUGUGUUAUUUUAUACUGCUAUUCUAUCUAGAAUUUUAUGUGAUAAUUAAAGUUAGACUUGUUUUUCAGAUCUUAGAAAACAAAUCAGGUAUCCGUUUCUUUCUAGGGUAACCAGCCUAACCUCUAGUGAUGGAAUUAUUGGUUCACUUUGAACUUUAUGUUCUACAGUUUCUUCCUUCAUUACUCCUCAUUGUCAACAGGAGGUAGCUCCAAGUCUUUGUUUGAUUCAAAGUUAGCCAAGCUUGAUUCACCUGUCUUUCAGCAUCAUGUUUUCAGUUUGUAAUAAGCAUUAAUUCUUACAUCAUCUAAUGGGCUUCCAUUGUGCUUUUUACUAUAGGUUCAAUAUUACUCUUCACACUGUAGAUAAUAAUACCCUCAUAGUAAGUCUGUUGUAAGUAAUACAUCAAUUUAGUUUUUUUUAGUGUAUUACAUGCAUGGACCUUUGUUUCAGCAGAUACUUUGUAUCUAUCUAAUUUUAAUUACCAUAAUCAUUUUUUUUUUAACUAGUAGGUCUGUUGUUUCAAUGAAUCUUAUGCAGUUUAUUAUUAAAUGCUGCUCAAGAGUUUUUAAAGUAAUCAUUUUAGUGUCUAUAAUAAUCUACAGCUAGGUAUAAAUCUCACAGAAUGUAUUGUUAAAACAAUUUUUUUCUCUUGUUAACUUUUUAUUAGUCUUCUAAUAGAACUCCGGUGCUGGCAAAUGAGCUACCAUACUUUCACUUCAGUUUGAUUUGUGAUUUCUCUGUAAUUAUUUUGUUUUAUUUUUGGUUCAUGUUUUAGCAUUACUUUUAUUUUCUUUCAAAUAGAAAAAUAAUAUAUACACAAUUCUCAAUCAUUUUAAUGAUGCUCUGGAUAUUCAUAAUCUUUUUUACUACUGUUGUAUUAAUGCUAAUUUGUUAGUUAACAAUGUUGAUUUGUAAAUAGAAAUUGUUGAUUUUAUUAGUGCAUAAAUUAGUUUUUACUUUGUAGUUUAUCAAACUUUAAUGAUACCAUUAUUUAAGCCUCACAGAUAAUAUGGCCAACAUUUGAAAUAUAUUUUACAUUUAUUUAAAUAAAAAUCAAGAUGAAAUUCA